GGCGCGCCAGACAAAGCAACAUAACAUUUUGCGUCAAGCAUCAACUCGCGACAGCUCCCGCAAAUCCACCACGAUUGAGUCGACGAUUCCACCUCUGCAAUCUAUAUACACGCGACUUCCAUCCUGCACCCAGGUCUGGGUAUGCAUGCGACCCUAAACGAGCACACGCCUUAGACCCCAGCGGCCGACCAAGCCGAUUAGGGUCAACCACUCGACUGCUUUGAUCAAGACCUUUCUUCACAGCUGAACUCCGCUGGAGCUUCGAUCCGAUAUUUUUUCUCGAAACAUAACCAUCUACGCAGCCAAAAUGGAGGCCAUUGCUGAAAACGAGAUUCCCCCUCCCGUUAACGCGGGCCCCGAGGUCGAAGAGUUCGCCAACGUUCUAGACGAUUGCUUGUCUCCUCUCCAGUCACCCUCAGACAAGCGAAACCGAAUACUCGCGCUCCCUCAAAAGUACUACGAGAACACCCUGCGACGACUAGCGCAUGCACGGCCGAGAAUAACGCGUGAAGGCACCCAUGAUGAUGCCGACAUGGAUGUGGAUGAGGCCGAAACUGGCACUGUCAACCACGCCUCCACCACGCAGAUCAAGCGCCUUGAGAGGGAGGCCCAGACUUGGGAUCUAGUGCGCCGACUUCUGCCGCUGAGAUACCCAAGCUCAACCGCAUAUUCUUCGACUUUCAGUUCUUCCAAAGCUGCGCCUGUCGACUUGCUAAACGAUUUCCUGGAAACCGACUCGCUAGCGAAGGAACGCCAAGCCGUCAUCCAGUGGUUGCAGAGCAAUGCUGCCUCGGGCCCAGAUAUUGAUGAGUUAGCGCGUGAACUUCAACAGAAUGCGGAUAGAGGGGACAUCAUCGCCCACGGUUGGCUCCACACGCGCUCGUCCAUCAAGCUGAGGAAAAGCGUCACUGCCUGGCCACACCUUCUGGACCGCCAAUCCCCGAACAUCGCAAACUCCCAUAUGAAUUCCGACGGCGCCCCCCUGGUCACGCAGUUGGACCCCGAUGCCGCCACUCGCCAAUGCCGCAAGCUCGAACCUCAAGACGAGUACUUUGAGCGAGCUAUCUGGCUUGGGUGCUUCGAACAUCUCCGCCGAGGAUCCAACCUAGAUACGAUUCGCGAAUGGUGCCAGGAACGAACAGAGAUGUGGCGAGCCAUCUCUGCGUCCGCUAUGCUGCUAUCAACGGACAACAGCAAAGGCAGCCCUGUAACCAACCCAGAAUCGCUUGCACUCUGGCGGCGCAUGUGCUACAGCCUUGCUCGCCAAGGUGGCUGUGACGAUUACGAGCGUGCUGUUUACGGCGUACUCUCCGGCGACAUUCCCAGCGUCGAAAAGGUUGCCCUUACCUGGGACGACUUCCUCUUUGCCAACUACAAUGCUCUCCUGCGCACACAGCUUGACACAUUCAUCCUAGAUCAAUGUCCGCCUGAAGUCGUAUCGAAUUUGAAGCAGUCUUUUUUGUCUUUUGACGCUGUUCAUGCACACGGCGAUCCGGAGACUGUCGAGAAGCGCCUGAUUCGCUCUCUUGAGUCCAACCCACAAAUCCGCAACGAAGCCUUCGAACCUAACAAGGCCAUCCAGGCCUCGCUAAUCGCAAGGGAGAUUGAUCAUCAUCUUUAUGAGCAGGGCUUGAUCAUCUCUGCAGGCGCAGACAACAAGGGUACUUCGAAGCUCCUUUACCGGUCUGAGACCAAUGGUCUACCUAUGAAUAAUGACAAGUUCUUCAAGGCGGAUCAGCAUCACGGACUCCGCAUUGUUGCUCACGUUUACCUGCUCAUCACACUGCUUGAGAAGCUUGGCUCUGAGGGGGACUCCUUAGCUCUUCGGUCGUCGCCUCCGGAAUGGAGACGAGCCCAAGAAAAUAUCCUGGCGGGGUAUACGAACUACUUGCGACUUGCUCAAAUGCAGGAGCUAAUACCCUUGUACUGCUCUAUCUUAGAGCCGCCGAGGUCCUAUGAGGUGCUCAGCUAUAACCUCAUCUCCGAAAAUGACCCGAAGCAGCGCAUGAUGCAGCUCAAGCUGAUCAAGAAGGCUGGAAUCGAUGUGUUGACAUUUGUGAAGACUCAAGCUUGGCUUAUGUAUGAUGAUCUCGGCCCUGUUAAGAGCACGUUCCCGGCCAAGGGCUCAUUCACCAUCAUCCAACCUGGACCGCCCACAUCUCGACGCGGACGACCAAUCAGGGCAGACUUUUUCGGAGACGAGGAAGACAUCAUUGAAGUCCGACAUGAGCAUCUAAUUCGUUCACUGGAGUGGUUGCUCUUGGUAGACGAAACAUGGCCAAAUGUCUUUUCCGUUGGUACCAAGGUUUACAAGUUCUUCCUCAGAAACAUGCAUCUCAACGCUGCACGACAGCUGAUGAAAAGGGUACCUUUUGUCGAUGUCACCACGGGUUUCACCGAGCAAGACGAGGCUGGGACUUGGUUUGAGGAUAAUGAGCUAUGGACUCAGCAGCUUGAGCGAAGCGGAAUCACCGGCGUAACAGCUGAGCAGGUGGCCGCAGAUGCGAGAAACUUCCGUGAAUUGGAAUCGCUAGUCCGAGCUCUAGACAGCCUGGAAACGAUUGCCUCACUUGUUGAACUCUCGGGAGAACUUCCAGCCUCGAACCGCGGUUUCUGGGACCAGGUGGGCAAUGAGAUCAAGAAUACAAAGGAGAAUAUGCAACCACUCCUCAAUAAUUGGCUUCUUGUGGGCAUCGAAGAGGGCGAUGAAGAGUUGCGAGAGCUCCGCCAGGCGUAUCUCCCGGAGACAAUUCUGGCAUAUGUCAGUGCAUUGCACUUUGCGGGCACAGGUCUGUCGCGAGACAACCUGUUGGAGUGCAUGGAGCUGGCGGCGAUAAUCGCGGAGCGGGGAUCGGAUCUUUCCACGGCUUUCAUCGCAGCUGGGCGAAUGAAGGAGUUGCUUGAGGUGUUUGCCGCUUGCAGCAAAGCUCUGGCUAUCAGCACCGGAGAGAAGAGGGCCAACAGCUCGGGCAGCAAGAAGCUGCGAGAGAUGGGGUGGUCCCGGGAUCUGUGGUCGGUAAAGCAGUAAUUUCCUGACAAUGGAUAUGGGCUUGGUUGUUUGUUACCAGUACGUGCUUGCUGCCUUGGGCGUUGAUAGAUACUUGACAACUGGGGGUAUGGAUGUAACAUAGGGGACUGGUAAAAUAUGAAGCUUUAGGUUGGCGAGAGAGAUACCCACCCCUAGAGGCAACAUGCCAUGCCGUCUUUCAACUCAAGAUACCGUGUGAUUCUCUGA